GCCAGCGACGGAGAAGACCGGACCCUCUUGCGAGGAGGCUUACUCUGCACGGCGCCCAGAAAGUCCCACAGCUGUCCUCCCACGCACCUCCUCCUACCCUUGGGCCAUUGAGACGACAGGACAGAGGGUCGUCCCGUCGUGGCCGAGGCCCCGCCUUCACUCGCCGGCCCGCUCGCGCCUCCAGCGGAAGCCGGAAGCGACGUGGGCCGUGCUAUCCCUAGGGCUCAGAACUCGGUGGUCUUGGAGGCGUCGCAGGAUUGGGGAGAAGAUGGCGGAAGAGGAGUUCUCCAAUACAACUCUGGAGAGUUUCAAUGUCACCCUCCACACUACCUUGGGUGUCACGACAAAACUGGUGCUCCCAACCCCUGCCAAGCCCAUCCUCCCUGUGCAGACGGGGCAGCAGGCUCAGCAGGAGGAGCAGUCCAGCGGCAUGACCAUUUUCUUCAGCCUCCUCGUCCUAGCUAUCUGCAUCAUAUUGGUGCAUUUGCUUAUCCGAUACCGACUGCAUUUCUUGCCAGAGAGCGUUGCUGUUGUUUCUCUAGGUAUUCUCAUGGGAGCUGUUAUAAAAAUUAUAGAGUUUAAAAAACUGGCAAAUUGGAAGGAAGAAGAAAUGUUUCGUCCAAAUAUGUUUUUCCUCCUCUUGCUUCCACCUAUUAUCUUUGAGUCCGGAUAUUCUUUGCACAAGGGUAACUUCUUUCAGAAUAUUGGUUCUAUCACGUUGUUUGCCGUGUUUGGUACUGCAAUCUCCGCUUUUGUAGUAGGUGGUGGAAUUUAUUUUCUGGGCCAGGCUGAUGUAAUCUCUAAACUCAACAUGACAGACAGUUUCGCCUUUGGCUCCCUAAUAUCUGCUGUUGACCCAGUGGCCACUAUCGCUAUUUUCAAUGCGCUGCACGUGGACCCUGUGCUCAACAUGCUGGUCUUUGGAGAAAGUAUUCUCAACGAUGCAGUCUCCAUUGUCCUGACCAACACAGCUGAAGGUUUAACAAGAAAAAAUAUGUCGGAUGUCAGUGGGUGGCAAACAUUUUUACAAGCCCUUGGCUACUUCCUCAAAAUGUUCUUUGGCUCCUCAGCACUUGGCACUCUGACUGGCUUAAUUUCUGCAUUAGUGUUAAAGCACAUUGACUUGAGGAAAACCCCUUCCUUGGAGUUUGGCAUGAUGAUCAUUUUUGCCUAUCUGCCAUAUGGGCUUGCAGAAGGAAUCUCUCUCUCAGGCAUCAUGGCCAUCCUUUUCUCAGGCAUCGUGAUGUCGCACUACACGCACCACAACCUCUCCCCAGUCACCCAGAUCCUCAUGCAGCAAACCCUCCGGACCGUGGCCUUCUUGUGCGAAACAUGUGUGUUUGCAUUUCUUGGCCUGUCUAUUUUUAGUUUCCCUCACAAGCUUGAAAUUUCCUUUGUCAUCUGGUGCAUAGUGCUCGUGCUGUUUGGCCGAGCAGUCAACAUUUUCCCUCUUUCCUACCUCCUGAAUUUCUUCCGGGAUCAUAAGAUCACACCAAAGAUGAUGUUCAUCAUGUGGUUCAGUGGCCUGCGGGGUGCCAUUCCCUAUGCCCUGAGCCUGCACCUGGACCUGGAGCCCAUGGAGAAGCGACAGCUCAUUGGCACCACCACGAUCGUCAUUGUGCUCUUCACCAUCCUGCUGCUGGGUGGCAGCACCAUGCCCCUCAUCCGCCUCAUGGACAUUGAGGAUGCCAAGGCCCGCCGCAGGAGCAAGAAGGACGUGAACCUCAGCAAGACCGAGAAGAUGGGCAACACCAUCGAGUCUGAGCACUUGUCGGAGCUCACUGAGGAGGAGUACGAAGCCCACUACAUCCGGAGGCAGGACCUCAAGGGCUUCAUGUGGCUGGAUGCCAAGUACCUGAACCCCUUCUUCACUCGGAGGCUCACGCAGGAGAAAAGCCCUGCUGCAGUUGGCCGGCCAGCGCUGACACUGCUUGUGCUGUUCCCAUACACGUGCACGUGUGGACAAACACAAACACACGAGCAGCUUCCCCUCUUCCUCCGCCCUGACCCUGACGCUGACCACUGGCGGGGCUCUCUGUCUCUUGCCCCAGGACCUCCACCAUGGCCGAAUCCAGAUGAAAAGCCUGACCAACAAGUGGUACGAGGAGGUGCGCCAGGGCCCGUCGGGCUCGGAGGACGACGAGCAGGAGCUGUUCUGACGGAGGAGCAGGCGCCGUGGCUUCGGGGAGUGAAGGCCGCAGUGUUCCAGCCUUUGGUGCCAGCUGGCUUUGGAAAUGCACGUCGCCCCCUCCUCCCUGCCAGACCUCUGCUCUGCUGUUACUUCCUGGCCCCUGGAGUGAGCGACUGUCCCAGCCACACGCUCCGCUCCCCGCUGCUUCUGCAGCCAGGCAGAGCCACCUGCUGGAGGAGGCUGAUGGGGAGCCCGAGGGAGUGAGGUGUGCCACUCCCAGGCCCUGCUGGCAUCGUGACCCAAGGAGCAGCUGCCAUCUGCCUGAGUCACCAGGUGCCUCCGGUCACCGCUGUACUUCUGACCCUCGUGGCUCACGCUCCUGGUGUUUGCUCCCCUCCUUGAGAAAGAAACUGACUAUUUUUCUUUACCUCUCAGUGGCCCUGCAUAGCCUGUCUCCACGGCGGGCAGCUGCUGCCCUGGGCUACUGUGAAUGUUUACACUCGUGCCCAUCUCCAGGCACCCUGCUCUGAGCCGGUUGGAAGCUGCGCUCUGCAGCAGGCUUCCCUUGGGCUCGGAGCACCCUCUAGAGGGAGAAGGAAGAAAUGCAGGGAGUUUGCGGUCGGCGCUGCUGUCUGGACAGCUCUGGUUCAUGCACUUUCCAAGUGUGAGAGCCUGGCAGCUGCUGCUGCACCCCCGUCUCCCUCAAUGUGCCCAGCUCCCUGCACUGCUGUUCCCAUCGUUCAGUCGGAGCCUCUUCUCCCAGGCUCUGCAGCAUCUGCCUGCCCUUUACCAGCGCCCACCUUUACUGCUCUUUGUUCAUCCAUCCUUUCCCUUCUCCCAGUUCCCUACCAUCUUGGGUCCCAGCUCCCCUCCAGUAGCCGUGAGUCAGUGCGGGGACUCCCGUGGGUGCAUGCGACCGCACAUGCGCGCCCUGGCUCACCUGCCCUUUCCAUAACUUCUUGCCUUUGUCCGGACGAGGGCUGUUGACAGCCUCUUCACACGGCUCUGGGUGGGGACCUGCAAGGCCCAGGGCUGGUAGCAGGGCUGUUGGAAGCACUGACCUCCCACGGGCUAGGAUUCACACCCCGCCUGGCCCUUCAUCUUGCCCGGCACCAGAAGUUAUCAGUGAGGGCCACCAAGCAGGAGCACUUGAGACAGCUGAAAUGUCAUUGUCUCACCGUAUCUCUCACCUUAAUCCCAGAGUUUGAGUCAUCCCAUUGCCUUGCAUAAAUUUGGCCUUCACCACUUUCUUUCCAUGGAAAAAGGAAGUCAGAAGGAACAAGGGGACUUUUGCCCAUACCUGGGGUGCAGCAGGAUUCUGAGAGCAAGCAUAUUGUUCUCUGACCCCAGCUCAAAUAAUUUAUUUCUCUCUUGAAAUGAAUCUGCCAGGUGUGCUGGCGCAUACCUGUAAUCCCAGCACUGGGGAAGCUGAGGCAGGGAGAUUGCCAUGAAUUCGAGACCAGCCUGCCUGAACUACACAUUGAGCCCCUGUCUCAAAAAAAAAAAACAAAAGAAACUUGAGGUCUGAUCUCAGGUGAUACAGGUUGCUUUGCAAGCUCAAUAGCUUGCCAAGAUUUCUGUUUUUUCUUUUAAAUGGUAAAUUCAAUCUGGGCAUUGUGGUGCACUUGUCUAAUACCUGGGAGGCCGAUGCAGGAGGAUUGCAAGUUCAAAAUCAGCCAGGCCACUUCAGGAACUUAGUAAGACCCUGCUGAAAAAAAAAAAAAAUUUUAAGGCCAGGGAUAUAGCUUAGUGCAAAGCCUCUGGGUUCAAUCCCCAAUACCUUUUGUUAAAAAAAAAAAGUUUGUGGCUUAAGCAACAAAAAGUCAGGGUCUCAGUUCAGACUAUAGCAGGUCUCCAGGUCCAAAAACCUAGGCCACAUCACACCUGGCCCCCAGUUUUGCUGAGACGUGAAAGCAACACAGGGCUGUGGGGAGGGGCAGGGACCUUUCCCUGAAGGACCCCGGGGACCCCUUGCAGCCCGGCUCUCCCUUGAGCCCCCCAUGCCCCCUGCUGGCCAAGUGGGCCUCUGGAAACAACCCCAUGAGGGUGAGCUCUCGCCUCACUUUCACAGCAAGCAGAGGCCCUGGAGGUGGAUUUUUUCACAAAUCUGGAUGGGAACGGCAGACAGUGCUGCUGUCUCCCUUUACUGCGCCUCCAGGAUCCAGGCGUGCCUUGCCCCCCUGGUGGUCAGGUUGGGGCAUGGGAACCAAAUCAUAACCUGCUGUUCCUGACACUGCAGUCAGAACCGUGAAGUUCUGCCAGGGCCCCACUCCCCAGAGCCCCAGGCAGGGUUUUAAAUGAAAGCUCCAGCCGAGUGUGGUGGUGAGCACCUGUGAUCCCAGCACUCUAGGAGGCCGAGGCAGGAGGAUUGCCAUGAGUUCGAGGCCAGAUUGAGCUGCAGUGAAACUGUGAAGGGCCAGGGAUUUAGCUCAGUGGUUUCACCGCCUGCUGCGCAAGCGCAAGGAUCCGAAUUCGAUCCUCGGUACCAAAAAUAAAUAAAUGAAAAUUCCAGGCGGAACUGCAAGCUCUCAGAAAAUAAGGACUCAACUCCCCUGCCCUUUCAUCUGUCAUUUCUCAAACAAAUGCAGUGAGUGGUUCGUGGGCUGGAAAGCAAGGAGGAGCCCCUGUCCGUCCGUCCCACCCCCCCGCCAGCUUCCCUCCUUCCCCAGAACCCCAGGAGGAGCUGGGCCCUUCCUUGCCCUCCGUCCUCGGCCUGCCCUCUGGGAGCUCGGCCGGCAGAGGGCCCGGGGCUGCUGCUGGCCGAGAGGGUGCAGCGGUGGCCCGAAGACCAGAGCAGUGGCGCAGGAAGGGACGGUCGGGAGGCCCAGCUUGUAUUCCCUCGCUUAAGUGCGGGGUUUUGUCCUUAGGACCUUUGGGAGGCCAGGCUCUGGCAGAGCCCCCGCUUGUCUCAGUUGGACUUCAAAAUGGAUGGAAGUCCUGUCACUGGAUAAUUGUUUUGGAAAUAAAAACCCGGGAAAUCCGA